UGCAAUGAAUUCCUUCAAGACGAGUUCACGCCUAAAGCUCUUCAAUUCCAUUGAAAGAGCGAAUCUGUAUUUUCUAGGAGUUUUGCCCUCGGAAUUGAGAAAAACGCGGAAAACCGCUCCUCCGGCAUCACCGAAGUAACAAAACAAAGCCUGAGGCCACAAAAAGUGAUUCCCUGAUAUUUUAAAUAAAAUUCACUUCAAACCAUAUCCACGAAUUUUGGAGAUAAUCAAAUUUUCUGAUUAUUGAAGAGUCAAUCGAUUGCUGCCACAUCGCAAUUGUCAUCGCAAUCCUGGUAAAUUUUCAACAGCUAAAAUAAAAGCAAGUGACGUAAAAAUGGCAGAAGUGGAGGAGAAAGAUAUCACAAAUUCCCAGAUGCAUUCCGAAGAUACAAAUGGUGAGGAGGAAUCUCAGGAUAUAAUUCAUCUAAAUCCUUCGCCAUCUCUGGAAGACGACGAGGACACAUGUAUGAAUGAAUCGGAUAAUGGCAGAAAAAGACAGAGGGACGAGAGUCCUGAUAGCAAGCCUGAAAGGAUUUCCAGAAAUCGAAAAAAUAGUGAAUCAAGCAAUAGUACAACUUCCAGCAAUGACAAGAGAAAGAUCGAGUAUGAGACUGAUCCUGUGGUGCUGUCCAGAAGACAAAAGGACAUUGAUUACGGAAAAAAUACCAUUGGAUAUGAUAGAUAUAUACAAAUGGUGCCAAAGGACCAGAGAAGCAAAGACCAACCAAAAACUCCGCCAAAGCACGUAAAAUACAGCAGAAGAGGUUGGGAUGGAAUGGUAAAACUCUGGAGAAAACAACUCCAUACCUGGGACCCACCAGAGACCAAAAAAGACGAGCCUGAAGACGAAAACAAAGAGGAUUCCGAUGAAACACCCCCGAAAUAAAAUAUCUGAUAACUUGUUCCCGGAGAAAAAAGAAAACAACAAAAGCUCGUGUUAUCAUAUAAUUAUUUUUCAACUUGUCAGGUAGAAUUCGUACCUCGUAUUUUUCAUUAAUCAAUAAUUAUAAAGUUUUGUUUACAAAUUAAAAUAUUUGGUAUUUAAAUGA